AUGACGAUGACCUCAAUUAACCGGAGGCCUUUGUACACCAAUGCUGGUGCCAAGAGCUGGCGCUCUCCCACCCCGGCUUCGGACGUCUCGAAGCUGGCAGCCCAGUUCCACAGGUCAAUGCCGGGAUAUUCACCGUCACCACUAAUCUCCCUUAAGGCCGUCGCCGAGGAGAUUGGCGUCAAGGACGUUUACAUCAAAUUCGAGGGUGCUCGACUAGGUCUUCCAAGCUUCAAGAUCCUGGGGGCUUCGUGGUCUACGUUCCGUUUGUUGGCAGAUCGACUGGGUCUUCCGUUGGUGUCAGACUUGGAUACCGUUAAGAAGGCCCUCGCAACGUCAGAGAGCGAGGUGACGCUCUUUGCCGCAACGGAUGGCAAUCAUGGACGUGCCGUUGCUUUCCUAGGGGCUGUCCUGGGCAUCCCGGUCCGAAUCUUCGUGCCGAGAGGGUUGGACUCUGGUACUGUGGCGAGAAUUCGGGAGGAGGGAGCUACAGUUACCGAGAUCGAUGGGUCGUAUGACUUUGCUGUAGAAACAGCUUUUCAGCAGGCACAGCAGAUGGCUGGGGGACUGCUAGUCCAGGACACCGCAUUCGAAGGCUACGAAGAGGUACCAGGAUGGAUAGUCGAAGGCUACGCGACUCUGAUGCUCGAGGUCGACGAGCAAUUGCAAGGCCAAUCAGCCGACCUAAUUGUUGCACCUGUUGGAGUCGGGUCCUUUGCGCAAGCUGUGGUUUCGCAUUACAAGUCAGAAGGAAAGGACACCGCCGUAUUAACAGUCGAGCCGGAUACCGCAGGGUGCCUCUACAAGAGUCUCACACACGGAGAGUCUCGGCCCAUUGCUACUCCUGUGCCGACCAUUAUGACGGGGCUCGAUUGCGGCACGGUAUCCAGCAUCGCUUGGCCCCUCCUGCGUGACGGGGUGGACGCUAGUUUAACAGUGAGCGACUUUGAGACGCACCAGGCGGUUAAUAUCCUCGAGGGUCUCGGCGUCUCGGCGGGGCCGUGCGGGGCUGCUCCUCUAGCUGCCCUUCGCCGACUUAGUAGUUCCGACAAGACGGCCCUCGGCCUCACUGAAUCUUCUAUCGUAGUGCUUCUGUGUACGGAAGGCCAAAGAGAUUACACUAUCCCGAAGUCGGUGGAAUAUGACGACGCCGUGUCACUCUGCCAGGCCUUGGUAAGAAUCAACUCUGCUGUCCCAGGAACUGGAGACAUCAAGGGCCCUGGCGAGACCGAAAUCGCACAAUACAUCACGCGCUGGCUGGAGCACAGAGAUAUUGAGGCUCAUUGGAUCGAGAAAGUCAAAGGUCGCCCCUCCGUCGUGGGCGUGGUCAGAGGAACUGGAGGUGGCAAACACAUCAUGUUGAACGGACACAUCGAUACGGUGACUACGGCGAGUUACGAAGGGGAUCCGCUAAGCGGAGAUAUUCGAGACGGCAAACUGUAUGGCCGCGGCGCUGCAGACAUGAAGAGCGGAAUCGCAGCGAUGCUCGUAGCUCUCGUUCAGGCAAAAACGGAUAAACUGAAGGGCAAUGUCAUCUUUACCGGUGUAGCAGAUGAAGAAGACAUGAGUCUAGGGACAGAACAGGUGUUGGAAGCCGGCUGGCGCGCCGAUGCCGCCAUAGUGUGCGAACCAACGGGAGAAGAUCUCGUCAUCGGCCACAAGGGCUUCACCUGGUUCGAGGUCGACAUCCAUGGCGUUGCCGCGCACGGGUCUCGCUUCGAUCUCGGCGUCGAUGCUGUGGCGCACGCUGGGUACUUUUUAGUCGAAUUAGAUAAGUAUGCCAGGCGCCUGGGGGAAGGACCACGUCACCCGUCCCUUGGACUACCGAGUGUACACGCUUCGAUUGUGAGGGGAGGCGAGGAACCGGCGUCGUACCCUGCCAAAUGCACUAUUACACUGGAGCGGAGGACUGUGGCGGGCGAGACGAACGAACAGAUCCUGGCGGAAAUCGAAGGCUUGCUGCAGGAGGCUGCGCGUAGUGCCCCUGGCCUUCGGUACGACCUCAGACUCACCUUUUCGCGGAACCCUUUCGAGAUCCGCGACGACCAUCCCUUGGUCUCCUUGGUGGCUGAUCAGAUCAAGACUGUCCGAGCGAGUGAUGCUGUGCUUCGCACGGAAGCGUUUUGGACGGAUUGUGCCCUCAUUGCUGACGUCGAUAUUCCUGUUGUCAUGUAUGGUCCUCACGGUGAGGGGUUGCAUGCGAAGGAGGAGUGGGCGGAUGUCAAGUCGAUCGAGAGAGCGGCGUCAACGCUCAUCGGGGCUGUUCGAGCAUUCUCGAAUGAAGCUAGAGAGUAG